CAACAUUGGCAAGCUGCAAAAAGGAUUCUCAGACACUUGAAAGGUGCCAAAGACUACAAACUGAGAUUCAAAGACUACCACUAUAUGGAAUGGCAGACGCUGAUUGGACUGCAUGCACAUUAGACCGUAGGUCAUAUACUGGCUUCAUUUUUAAAUACGGAAGUGGAGUUGUCAGUUCUCAAUCUAUAAAACAGCGCAUCGUAGUUCUAUCAAUAGCUGAAGCUGAGGAUAUGGCGUUAACUGAUGCUGCCAAAGAAGUAAUUUAUUCACAGAACAUUCUUCGAGAUUUGGGAGAAGAUACUACAAAAGCUAUUACAAUUUAUAGCGACAACAUUGCUGCACAAAAAUUAGCAAAGAAUUCACUACUGAGUAAGAGGUCUAAACAUAUAAACAUCAAGGAGCAUUUCAUUAGAUAAUGUGUGCAGAACAAUAAAAUUGCUGUAGAGUAUAUGCAAUCAAGUAUGAUAGAGGCAGACGUCUUAACCAAAGUUCUACCUCAAUCGGGAAUAUUGAAGCUUUGUGAGGAUCGCGGAGAAGUGAAAUGGGCAUUAUUACUUAAGGCCGAGAAGGUGGAUAUGUCCAUUACCAAGAGUUAUCGCGAAGAAGCCGCAAAACAUUUUACGCGCAGUAAUUUGAGUUAUCAGAAGGCGGAGCAAUUCACGCGUCGCGGGAUGACGGAAGUGGCCAGAUAUUACUCGGAUGAGAGCGCAUUCCACAAAUCCCAAUAUGAGCAGUACAAUAGUAUAGCUGCCGCCUUGAUUAUGCAAGUUCACUCCAGUAAUAACGAUGACUCGACCAUCGACUGUCACUACUUGCGUGUAGAUGAAGCCAAAGAGGCCCUCGAUUUGUUCAUCGACACGCAUAUUGAAAACAUGAAGGAAGACCUUGGUCGAGAUAUUCGGGCUCCAAAAUCCCGUAGGCUGUUCUUCAUAACUGGUCGGGGCUUGCAUAGUCGAGGCUUGCCUAAAAUUAAGCCCGCAAUUAUAAGACGUUUAGAGAAACGCGGAUUACGGAUCGCGGAGAAGUGAAAUGGGCAUUAUUACUUAAGGCCGAGAAGGUGGAUAUGUCCAUUACCAAGAGUUAUCGCGAAGAAGCCGCAAAACAUUUUACGCGCAGUAAUUUCUUAUUUCACGCAAGCAAGUUCGGAGCAUAUGGGUAGUGAAAAUAAAAACAAUGGUAAAGUGUUAACUUAUACAAAAUACCAAAAGAUUAUAAGAGAAGAAUCGUUCAUAUUUUG